GGCCGCAAAGGGGUGCGAUAAUGACAACCUAAGCUGGUUGGCAAUUCAAAUGUAUGGAAUUUCUUCGGCCUCGUCUGGGAACAAAGGGAAAGUUGUAGACGAAGAUGUAAAGGCGGACUCUCCGGGGUAG